AAGCCACGCCGGCUCAUUCUCGUUGCGGCUCAAUUCCCAGCCUUCCUUGCCAUUUUAGACUCUCCCUCUCAUGACUGUAUCUGAAAUUUCAUAAACCCAGACAGACUACUCUCCAAGUCUCCAUACUCCAAUCUGAAUGCACGGAACAGCCUGAAAUCUUACUCGGGGAGAGCGAAUUAGUGGAAGCCGAACUGAGGAAGAGCUGCAGAAGUGCGGCCAGCCGGCGACUGCAAUCCAAAUCUAGUGAUGCAUAGGAUAUACUAGGGAAUAGCUUAAGAAGAGUUUGAGGGAUAAAACAACAAAGACAGAUGUGGGUGCAGCGUGCAAAACCGUUUAGGCAGAUAAAGGCCUUUAGUCAGUCUUUUAAGUCUCCAUGGAUUUUUUCAAUAUCGUCUUCCUACUCAGAUACUCCUCACAAGAAGUCGAAGCUUGCCCCUCUACAGGAAAGGAAAAUGAUAGACAGGUUUAGGCUAUAUGCUAAAGGGGGCGGGGGUGGCAGUGGUUGCUCCAGCUCUCGCCGUAGUCGCCAUGAUCGCCAUGGCAUACCUGAUGGUGGGAAUGGUGGAAGAGGUGGUGAUGUGAUUCUCGAAUGUUCUCCAACAGUUUGGGACUUCAGUGGUUUGCAACCUCACCUUAUAGCACAGAGAGGGGGGCAUGGAUCCUCGAAGAAUAAAAUUGGCACUCGAGGAGCGGAUAAGGUUGCGCAAGUGCCCAUUGGUACAGUGAUUCAUCUUAUGAAGGGUGAAAUUCCUUUGGUUGCUGAAAGCCAUGUUUCUAAAGAUUUGGACCCAUGGGAGCUUCCAGGUACUCCUAUUGAUGAUGUAACUGGCUCUGACCAGCAGUCUGCCCCUAGUGGUCCAAAUAUGGCAGUGGAUACUGGUAGCUCAUCAUCUCGACCUGAAAGAAUUGAUGAGGAAUCAGCUCAAAUGAAGGAAACCAGCCAAGUUGAAUCCACUGAGGUUCCUACUCAAUCUCCACCUUCUUCCUCUGAGAUUUGCACCAAUGAUGAGACAGAGGAAGAAGAACAAAUUCAAUACAACGUUGCUGAGUUAACAGUAAGAGGUCAACGAUUAGUUAUUGCUCGUGGAGCGGAAGGUGGUCUAGGUAGCGUGUCUCUCAAAGUCCCAAAGAAGUUCAAAACUGAUUCGUUAGAUGCUCAGGUAUCUAAUGAUCAGUUAACCGUUAGUGCUGGUUUACCUGGUUCUGAAGCUGUUCUCAUAUUAGAACUAAAGAGCAUUGCCGAUGUGAGCCUAGUGGGAAUGCCAAAUGCUGGUAAAAGCACUCUAUUAGGAGCUAUAUCUAGGGCUAAGCCUGCAGUGGGCCAUUACGCCUUCACCACUCUUAGACCCAAUUUGGGGAACCUAAACUUUGAUGACUUUUCACUCACAGUUGCUGAUGUUCCGGGACUCAUAAAGGGUGCCCACGAGAAUCGUGGACUUGGACAUGCAUUCCUCCGCCACAUAGAACGCACAAAGGUUAUAGCUUAUGUGGUGGAUUUGGCUGCUGGAUUGGAUGGACGAAAAGGAACCCCACCUUGGGAACAGCUUAGGGAUUUGGUCUUAGAGCUCGAGUACCAUCAAGUAGGUUUAUCUGAUCGACCGUCACUCAUAGUGGCAAAUAAAAUAGAUGAGGAAGGGACUGAAGGCGUGCAUGAAGAACUGAAAAGAAGGGUACAGCAUGUUCCUAUAUUCCCUGUCUGUGCCAUUUUGGGGGAAGGAGUUCAAGAGCUAAAAAUUGGUCUUAGGAGACUUGUGAAUGGUGAAAUGACAGACAGACUCCAGGUCGAUAAAAUUAUGGUUGAUUAAAGGUUAAUCCAAAAGCUGCUGAGUCUUUGGCUGAUCCUGAAGAGUAUCCUAAUUUGUUUGAGGAUUGGCAAGUUGCUCUGUCGGUUGAAUCUAGAGCUGCAGAGACAAGGGGUGUUUAUCCUCCUGCAGAGGAGUACGUGAAACAUGUUGAUAAAACACACAUGACCCUUGUGGAGGCUUUCAGGAACUUGCAAGUGAAUGAAGAGAACUUGCAAAUGGAUGAAGAGCAGCCCCGUGAAAAUGGAGACUCAAUGCAUGAGGUUUCUGAACUGAAUGGGGAACACUGUAGAGGAACAUGCAGCUGACCAGCACGAGGAAGGGAGCCAAGAGGAGGCUGUCGUGGUGGAUGCUGAUUCUAUGGAUGGCACUGUACUCAUUAAUGGUAACGAAGCUGAAGAAGACUGGGGUACGAAAAAUGAAGGAACCUUGACAGCCUAAAAAGCUAUUGGUUGGUGCUUACACCACGUCACUAGGUUCCUAUAAAGACUGCUGGUCCAGCUGUAUGGAUGCUUUAUUAAAGGUGAGAAAAUAUACAUGCAUACCUUAUCAAAGUUGAGGCUUCAGCAGAGGUCUCUUGCAAGAGGUGAUGUAGCGGAUCGGUUCUCUGUUACCCAGUGAUGUGGCUUGUAACCAAAUUAUAGUUUGUCAUGGGGCACAACAGAAUUAGUUCCAUAGUUUAGUUAGUUUGCUCUUUGCAUUGCAGAUUUAACAUAUUCUUUGAGGCCUUCUCGUCAUAAAAUUUAUGGUGUCAUUGUGAAUGUAGAGAGAAUUGAGCUUGUAACAAGGUCGACCUUUUACCAUUCAAAGUUUAGAAUUUUGGUUCCCCUUGGCGUUUUGUGUUUUGGGAAUUCUUUUAUGUGACUCAUUGUAAACGUGUACGUGUAUUCAUUACAGUAUAUACAGUUUUGAGUAUGAUACAGAAACCUUUGCACUUGGCUUGUUCA